GUACAGCGCCAUUUUCAAUCGUGCUAUUGAAGUCAAAUGUCAGCGUGGUGAGAUGGCAAACAAAGAUGAAGAGCCAAUGGAGGAUAUAAAUACAGAGACAAUGGAAAAUAAAGAAAAUGAAGCAGAGCAGGGUGUCCCUUCACAAGACGCCAAUCCAGAUACUCCUACGGAAACACCGGUAGACCCACCCAUGGACACGUCACAAACCAGCAGUAGGGGCAGCGUUUCAAAACCACCAGCCCCGGAUGAACCACGGCUCAUGAUCUCCAAAAUUGUGACGGACAACUUCAAGUCUUACGCCGGGAAGAUCUCGCUUGGACCGUUUCACAAGAGUUUUUCCUGCAUCAUCGGACCCAACGGCAGCGGCAAAUCCAACGUGAUCGACUCCAUGUUGUUUGUCUUUGGAUAUCGAGCGGCCAAGAUCCGAUCCAAAAAGCUCUCAGUGCUGAUCCAUAAAUCGGAACACCACAGAAACCUGACCAGUUGCACGGUGGCAGUUCACUUUCAGAAGAUCAUCGACACUGGGUCUGGUGACAAUGACUACAAGGUGGUCCCCAACAGUGCUUUUGUGGUUUCUCGCACAGCGCAUCAGGACAGCAGUAGCAGCUACUAUGUGGACGGCAAGAAAGCCACAUUCAAAGAAGUAACCGCGCUGCUGAGGCUGAGUGGUGUGGAUUUAGAUCACAAUCGCUUUCUCAUUCUCCAGGGUGAGGUGGAGCAGAUAGCCAUGAUGAAGCCCAAGGCACUGACGGAGCACGAAGAGGGAAUGUUGGAGUACUUAGAAGACAUCAUCGGCAGUAAUCAAUUCAAGGAGCCUAUCGAGGAGUUGGCCAAGACCGUUGAGGAGCUUAACGAAGAGAGAGGAGAAAAGUUGGGACGAGUCAAGGCCGUGGAGUCUGAGAUGGAGCAACUUGAGAAGCCCAUGAAGGAGGCCCAGGAAUUCCUUAAGAUGGAGAAUGACAUCACCAAGAAGAAACAUCUGCUCUACAACAAAUAUGUAUCGGAAUGCGAUCACAACGGGAUGAAGGCCGUCGAGAAACGAGACAAGGUGGCGGACUCCUUCAAGGGAAUGAAAGAGGAACUGGAUCACUUCAUCGAGGAGAACAAAACCAAGACCAAAGAGAACAAGAAAAUAUUCAGGACUUACGAGAAGCUUUGUGACAUCGCCGAAAAGAAGAAGGCGGACUUUGCCGAUUUCGAGCAGCAAGAUGUGAAAUGUCGAGAGGACCUCAAGCAUACAAAGGAGAAACAGAAGAAGCUGACGAAAAGCCUGCAGAAAGAGAGAGCCAAACUUGAGGAGCUGCAAGCCGUCCCGAAAAACAGCGAGGAGCAGAUUGAGCAUCUGGAGGCGACAAUGGGAACCUUUGAGAAGAGGUUGAAAGUAGAAGAAGAGAAGAUGAGUGGGAUCAUGGCCUCCUUAAAGACAGAGACGAAAGGCCUACAGGAAGAGAAAGACGUUAAAGAGGAACAACUGAUGGGAAUGCAGAAAGCAGUGAACGAGGCUAAAUCAAGGAAGGCAGAGGCAGACUUUGAGUUGGACACCCAGGUUAAGAAGAAAGACGGAGCCAAGGCCAAGCUUGAGAAAGCCAAGAUUGACUUGGAGAACGCUACAGCAACACUGGCAGAACGCAAGAGUUCAAUUAAGGAUUUGGAGCGCGACAUCCCAGAGUUGACCAAACAGCUUCCCAAGGCCCAGAGUGAGCUAGUGAGCGUCAAGCAGGCCGAGACCAAGAUGUCCGAGGACCUACGUUCCCUCGUCACCAAGGUGGAAGAAGCUCGCAGCUCCCUGCAGUCGGCGAGAGACCGUGGGGCUGUCCUAGAGGGACUGAUGGAGCAGACCAGGCAGGGCAAGAUUCCAGGCGUCCACGGCAGAUUGGGUGAUUUAGGAGCUAUUGAUGAGAAGUAUGACGUAGCGAUAUCCACAGCAUGUGGAGCCUUGGAUAACAUCGUGGUCGACAACAUCGAGACGGCAGAGAAAUGUGUCAAGUUCCUUCGUGAUAACAACGUUGGUGUUGCGACAUUUAUAGCUAUGGACAAGAUGGUUGAGCGUGCCAGGAAUGCACAAGCGAAAUUCAAUUCCCCUGAGAACGUCCCUCGUCUGUACGACUUGGUCCGUAUGAAAGACGCUAAGUAUGCCGGUUCCUUCUACUACGCCUUGGGGAACACCCUCGUCGCUAAGGACCUCGAUCAAGCCACCAGGAUCGGUCUCCAGGGAAGCAAACGGCAUCGAGUGGUUACUCUAAACGGACAGCUCAUCGAGGCUACAGGAACAAUGAGCGGAGGUGGUAAGCAAGUCUCCAAGGGGAGAAUGGGUUGCGCGGUCGUCGUCGACGUCACCCCUCAACAACUAAAGGCCAUGGAGCGAGAGCUGGAGACAAAGCGAACCGGCACUGCCGAGCAUCGCGAGAGACUCCGUGAGCUGGAACAAAGCACCCAUGAGUUGGAGAAACAGCUGAAUGAGACCAAGCUGACCCUGAAGAAACAUCAAAUGGAUAUCAAGGCAAAAUCCGAGCAAGAAGUUUCUCUUCGGGAGCAGAUCAAAGAACUCGAGAUUGAGUUCCGUGACUCAGGCAAGAACAUCGACAUGGCUGCUCUGGAGAAAAAUGCAGCAAAGUUCACAAAAGAGUACAACAAGGUGGCGGAAGCGGCUGCCAAGGUCGAAGCAGAGGUCAAAGCGCUACAUGAUAAGAUCAUGGAGAUCGGUAGCAGUAAGAUGAAGGUACAGCAGGCCAGGCUGGACAAGGUCACUAAGGAGAUCGACGAGACGACCACUGCAAUCAACAAGGCUAAAGUCGCCAUCAAGAAUGCAAAAAGGAAUAUCAAACGAGGGCAAGAAAGUGUUGAGAACAUGGAAAAGGAAGAGAAGGAGAAUUCUGAAGCUGUGAAGAAGAUUGAGGUGGAAUUCAAACGUCUAGAAGAUGAUGCCACCAGCGUGUUGGAGGCUUUCCGAGAGGCCGAGAUGCAAAUGAAGGAUAUGGAAGGACAACUGGAACAAAGCAAGGUGGAGUUAUCCAAGCUCCAGCAGCAGGAAGCGGAAAUUAAGAGCAAACAGGUGGAGGUCAAACAUGAGUUGGAGAAGUGGGAGAAUCUGGUGAAAGAGAACCAACAGAAAGGCAAACACUGGAAGAAAGAGCUUGGUAAGUUGGAGCUGCACAUCAUCGAUCGUGACAAUCCGGAAACCCUGGUGGAAUUGAAUGAGGAGCAGCUUGCCAACGUGGACUCUGAAGAAGUACAGUAUGAGAUCACUGUGUGUGAAGAACAACUUGGAAAGAUGAACCCAAACCUGGCCGCUAUACAACAGUUCAAGAAAAAAGAAGAGACGUACCUCGCGAGGGUAGGUGAAUACGACAAGCUGACUGAGACGCGCAACAGCCAGCGCCGUUCCCUGGAGGACAUGCGCAAACAGCGUCUGGAUAUGUUCAUGAAAGGAUUCGGUUCCAUCAACGACUACUUGAAGGAGAUGUACCAGAUGAUUACGCUCGGCGGAGACGCAGAGUUGGAGCUUGUCGACAGCUUGGAUCCAUUCUCAGAAGGAAUCGUCUUCAGUGUUCGUCCGCCCAAGAAGAGCUGGAAGAAUAUUUGUAAUUUGUCCGGUGGAGAGAAGACUCUGAGUUCAUUGUCUCUAGUCUUUGCCCUGCAUCAGUUCAAACCAAACCCCCUUUAUGUGAUGGACGAGAUUGACGCAGCGCUGGACUUCAAGAAUGUCUCCAUCGUUGGGCAUUACAUCAAGGAGCGCACCAAGAAUGCUCAGUUCAUCGUUAUCUCGCUCCGCAACAACAUGUUCGAGCUCGCCGACCGAUUGGUCGGCAUCUACAAGACGGAUAACUGCUCCAAGACAGUGUCCAUCAACCCAAGGAAACUCGCUGCACAGCAACCGUUGACUGAGCAGCAACCGCAGCAGCAGCAACAGGUGUCGCAACAGCCACCGCAACAGCCACUCGUCUGCUAAGACAUUAUUUCAAGCUAAGGUGGGCACGUUCCUUUUAUUAGACCGGUCCCCCUGUCCUUAUUCACGAGGAUAAAGACAGGUAUUGCAGGCCUGGAAAUACACAGAGGCCAUGGUCUCUGUUGCCCUUGUCUUGGCCUUGGUGCCCCUUCCAAAUGUUCACAUAGAUUUUAAGAUUUCUCAAUGGAGGUGCCCCUUUUAAAACGAGAUGGCUUUACCCUCUAAAAAGAUGAAAUUCCAGGCCUGGUAUUGACUUUAUAUGUGUAAAAAUUUAGGUCCGUUUUAACUACUAACCUUCAUGACCAUGAAGAAGAUUGCAGACAAUCUUUCCUGAAAAGUUUGCAAAAGUUUGUUGUCCUAGUGUGCACUAACACACGACUAGACAAAGCUGACGCCGUGAUUUAUUUGUAAGAAAUCCACGAGGUAUUUGGGUGAAAGGGUUGUGGGAAGAUGUUUAUUCAAGGAAAACGAAUUUUUUUUUAAUUAUGCCUAUUGUUUUUUUAUAGACCAAGAUUUUGUAAAUACAUGUAGAUGUUAUGAGUUGGUUUUACCCGUACAAUGUGUGUAAAGCACUGUCUACUCAUUUGUUUCCCCGAGCCCUGUGUACAAAAUGUACAUCACUCAAACCCUGACCACUAGACCACGAGCUAGCCUGGUGGCUCGAGGCAGUUUGGAAUCCUAUAUUUUAGCAGCGAUUCAAUAGAUGUGUAUUUUGUAGUAGGGAUAAAGAGUAAUAUUAUUUGUUUUGUUUGCCCUUAGACCUGUGUCUAUAAAGCACUGUAUUCGCAGUAUUUUGCGUUGUAAAAAUAAUUGUAAAUAAUUAUUAUCGUCCAUUUCUCAUAAAUGUAAACUAAGGAUUCAAAACCUAUGACCUAGCUUACUUAUCCAGUGGCUAGUAUUUGGCAUUUUAGGUUGAUGCAAAAUACGGACAUAAAUAUUAUGUCUGUGAAGGAUGGUCCCAAAUGCCCCAGUUGUAAGGGUUCGUACCGGACAAACUAAGUGGGCCACAUUAAACGUUAGAGCCACUCAGGCAAAACAAGCCGACGAGGACCUUAUCAACUGAAAGAAAAAUCUUUAUUAGGCCUACUCAUUAUCAAUAACUGACCACCAAUAAAUUAUUUAGGUUGUCUUAUUCUAAACAAAAAAAGGCUGUCAAACACUCUGACCCCUUCGAGCCGUGGGUGUUUUAUAACUGCCAUUGAUUAGACGCAAAUGGCCAGUGUUGAAAGGUUGAGUUGUUUAUAUCAGCUUAACUAAAAAAUGAAUCAUGGUUUUACAAAUAAAUUUGUCCAUGGCGGUUUUCUUUGUAAAUAUCUGUAAAUAAUUGGCUUCAUAUAAGUGUAGAUCGAACCACAAUUUUAUGGCGCUGUUAGAAAAAAUAUGUGUUCAAGGCAAACUGUAUACGUGAUUCUAUGCGCCGUAAGCACAGAUGUCGCCGCUACGCGCUGGUGCCAUGUAAUAAGACGCUGUUGGUAAGUUUUGCUGUGGAAGAUUGCUAGGCCCAUAUUCAAUGUUGAAUGGCAGUUUCUUUUCACAUUGUAGGCCUAUAGCUUGACUGUAACGAGACAUUGUAAAUAAUUGCUAUACUUGGUAGACAGCAAAUAAAUAUCUGAUCCCUUUUGGUGUAGAAGAUGCUUCA